AUGGGAUAUGAAGUGAUAGCAGUAUCAUCGAAUAUGGAUAAGGAAAAGUUGGCAAAAGAGUUGGGAGCACAUCAUUACUUUGUGUCAUCUGAAACAGCCAACACUCAGAUUCAAGCAAUGGGAGGUGCCAAGUUGAUUGUUUGCACUGCACCAUCUCAAUCGGUUGUUGAAAAGAUCGAAGGUGCAUUGGGUGCAGGAGGGUCGAUUGUCAUUGUUGCUGCAAUCCCUGAACUCAAGAUCAAUCCCAUUCGAAUGUUAUCAAUGAAUCAAUCGGUCUGUGGCAGAUAUUCGGGUGAUUCAAGAGAUUCAGAGGAUUGUUUACACUUUUCAAAGAUUCAAGGUGUUCAUCCAAUGAUCCAAAAAUACAAAUUGGAUCAAGUCAAUGAAUGUUUUGAAAACAUUGGAAAUGCAAGAUUUAGAUCUGUUAUUGUCAUUCGUAAUGAUAAUGAAUAA